AAACCCCGUAGCGACUCAGAAGGGACCCAAGAUGGCGGAAUACUCACGGGGGGGCAGUUGGCAAUUAUCUGAGCAAUACGUCGCGAAUGAAUGGCAACUAGUGUUAUAGAGUAAAGCAUACACGCGAAGAGUUUUACGGUUCCAGUUUGUUGGUUUGCAUCGUUUGUUGAGGAUGCGGCAGCGCCAGUAGCGAGAGAGCGGUCUCUCCGCGGCCCCGAGCCAGAACAUGGCGGAACACUUGGGGAAGAUAUAGCAGCUAAUGCUAGUUGGCUAGCGACCGUGUUAUUGAGCCGGUUUUAAACAUUUUUGUCUGGAGUGAACGUGUCGUUUGGGGCUCCGCUGCUUUGAAACGAUGUUGCCGAUCCACAAAUACUGCAGUUUCUCUGUGGAAGUGUCAACACUGAACCUAUAAAGCGCUGGCUGCUAGCUGUUAGCCAGGCGAACGACUAUCGAUAAACAGGCGUAGUUUAUUGCCAGCCAGCGAUUGUAAUUUUUAUUUUCGUCCAAAAAUAUAUAUUCAAACUGCUCGCUUUGUACUGUCAGUCGGCUCUUGUUCUGGAUUAACAUGCUAAUUUUGUGCCAGCGCCCUCCGUGCUGUAAAUUAGCAUUUCAUCUUUGUUAGGAUGCUCUUUGAGUGUCCUGUCGCUUUCAUCAUGGCUGUGAUGAAGUUCAAGGUCAGCUGGCCAAAAUAGUCAGAUUUUGUAAUUGUCGAAUCGAUCGGGAUAAUCGUCCGAUUGACCCUUCAGACCAGGCCUUGCUGCCCCUGUGGUAAACAGGUGCAUAGAGUCGAGUGGUGGUGUUACAAAGUGAAAGUCAUCCUUAAAAAAAACAAACAAAAAAAAAAACGACAAAAUCCCAGAGGAAUAUAAAACAAGUUACACCUGCCACGAUGACGGACACUCGUCGACGAGUCAAAGUGUACACCCUCAAUGAGGACAGACAGUGGGACGAUCGUGGGACUGGACACGUCUCAUCGGGCUACGUGGAGAGAUUGAAAGGCACAUCUCUGCUAGUGCGGGCUGAAAGUGAUGGUUCUUUACUGCUGGAGUCCAAAAUCAACCCAAACACGGCCUACCAGAAGCAACAGGACACGUUGAUAGUAUGGUCUGAGGCUGAAAAUUAUGACUUGGCUCUCAGCUUUCAGGAGAAGGCUGGCUGCGAUGAAAUCUGGGAGAAAAUAUGUCAGGUGCAGGGAAAGGACCCAUCAGUGGACAUCACGCAGGAUGUGGUGGAUGAGUCAGAGGAAGAGCGAUUUGACGACAUGUCAUCACCAGGUUUGGAGUUACCGCCAUGUGAACUUAACCGCUUGGAGGACCUAGCUGAGCUGGUGGCCUCCUCACUCCCAUCACCACUGCGGCGUGAGAAACUGGCACUGGCGGUAGAGAAUGAAGGCUACAUUCGUAAGCUUUUGGAGCUCUUCCGAGUGUGUGAACAUUUGGAGAACCAGGAGGGACUACACCACCUUUACGAAAUCAUUAAGGGCAUCUUCCUGCUCAAUCGUACUGCACUGUUUGAGGUCAUGUUCUCUGAUGAGUGCAUCAUGGACGUCAUUGGCUGUUUGGAGUUUGACCCUGCACUCCCACAGCCGCGGCGGCAUCGGGAAUUUCUCACCAAGACGGCCCGCUUUAAAGAGGUGAUCCCUAUAUCGGAUCCUGAACUGCGUCAGAAAAUACACCAGACGUAUCGAGUGCAGUACAUCCAGGACAUGGUGCUACCCACGCCUUCUGUUUUUGAAGAAAACAUGCUGUCUACACUGCACUCAUUCAUCUUCUUCAACAAGGUGGAGAUUGUGGGCAUGCUACAGGAUGAUGAGAAGUUUUUGACAGACCUCUUUGCACAGCUAACAGACGAGGCCACAGAUGAUGACAAAAGGCAUGAAUUGGUGAACUUCCUGAAGGAAUUUUGUGCUUUCUCACAAACAUUGCAACCUCAAAACAGAGACGCUUUUUUCAAGACGUUGUCAAACAUGGGCAUUCUACCAGCACUGGAAGUCAUACUGGGAAUGGAUGACGUGCAAGUGCGUGGGGCGGCCACAGAUAUCUUCUCUUAUUUGGUGGAGUACAACCCAUCCAUGGUACGGGAGUUUGUAAUGCAGGAGUCUCAACAGAAUGAUGACGACAUCCUGCUGAUCAACCUGAUCAUAGAACACAUGAUCUGUGACACAGACCCAGAGCUGGGUGGGGCGGUGCAGCUGAUGGGUCUGCUCCGGACUCUGGUGGACCCAGAGAACAUGCUGGCUACUGCAAACAAAACUGAGAAGACAGAGUUCCUGAGCUUUUUCUACAAGCACUGUAUGCACGUACUGUCUGCUCCACUACUGGCCAACACAACAGAGGAAAAACCUAGCAAAGAUGAUUUUCAAACAUCACAGUUGCUGGCUCUGAUUUUGGAACUGCUGACGUUCUGUGUUGAACAUCACACAUACCACAUCAAGAACUACAUCAUCAACAAGGACAUUCUCAGAAGGGUCCUGGUGCUCACUGCCUCUCAGCAUGCCUUUUUGGCGCUAUGUGCCCUGCGAUUCAUGAGGAGGAUCAUUGGUCUAAAGGAUGAAUUCUACAAUCGUUACAUCAUGAGAAACUUUCUGUUUGAGCCUGUCAUCAAGGCCUUCCUCAACAACGGCUCACGCUACAAUCUCAUGAACUCAGCAAUCAUUGAGAUGUUUGAGUAUGUCCGUGUGGAGGAUGUGAAGUCUCUCACAGCUCAUAUAGUAGAGAACUACUGGAAAGCUCUGGAAGACGUGGACUAUGUUCAGACAUUCAAGGGCCUAAAGCUGCGUUACGAACAGCAGCGAGAGAGGCAGGACAACCCAAAACUCGACAGUAUGCGGUCCAUCUUGAGGAACCACCGUUUCCGGCGUGAUGCUCGAACACUGGAGGAUGAAGAGGAAAUGUGGUUCAACACAGAUGAGGAUGACAUUGAGGAUGGCGAGGCAGUGGUUCCACCCUCUGACAAGAUGAAGAGUGAGGAUGACCUCAUGGAGCCUAUAAGCAAGUUCAUGGAGAGAAAGAAGUUGAAAGACACGGAGGAUAAAGAUGUGCUGGGGAAGUCGAGUUUGUCAGGCAGACAGAACCCCAGCUUUAAGCUUUCCUUUUCCGGCUCCACCAAAGCCAGCCUGUCCAGCCCUCCUUCAUCUGCCUCAUUGAACCCGGGUUCUCCGGGAUCGCCAGGUUCGCCGGGAUCACCAGGAUCAGGGACGCGAAGCUCACCGCCUACCACCGCCAUAACCACAAAGGGAGGUUUAGUGGGACUGGUGGACUACCCCGACGACGAUGACGAGGAGGAGGAUGAAGAGGAUGGGGACAGUAAAGAGGACCCUCUGCCACCUUGUAAGAAGUCCAAACUGAGCUCGUAGAGAGGCGUGGGUGCCGCUGCGCUUUGUGAGUGUACGGACUGCACAGGAAUGAUGAAAACUUGUAAACAAAUUGAAUGAAUGAAAACCACCCGUCGCCGUGGGCAGCGGAGCAGCAGACUGAGUGGAUUCCAAAUCUCCUCUGACUCGCCCGUUCAUACAAGUGCCAAUCAGGAGACCAGGAGUGAAACUCGACAAGAGCGAAGGGAAAAGAUGGCCGUCGGACUCGGUUGAGGAUGAAUUGGAGGAAAAGACCACAUAAAAAAAAAACACAUACUGAAACCCCCCAGAGCCCACAGGCUCGGACCACAAACCCACUGCCCCACCCCACGCCCACCACCCCCCGCCCCCACUCAGGGAAGAACAUCAGUGACCCAAGUAGGUCAGCCAAUUCAGAACCAGAACCACCCCCCAUGCCCUUCACAGAACCCUCUCUGUUCCUUUUCUGCUUUCUCUUUCUCUUCGUUUUGCUUCUUUCCUGAUAAGCCCCGCCCUCUUUGAGUUAGUAAAUAGGAUCAGACGGGAAGCAGCAGGUGACACGGAGCUGUCCUUGUUGUCAUUCUAUGAUGUCAUCAGUGUCGUCAUUCUUCAGUGGACGUUCUUUCUCUGAAGAGAGAAAAAAAAAAAAGCCAGCAGUUUCAUCAUUUUCUUUACAUUCUUUGUCUCAAUCCUUCACCUGUUUAAAGUUUCUUUUUGGGUAAAUGACGACAACAAAACAAAAAAAACCUGCCUUUAAAUGUUCAGGACGUUUUCAGUCACACUUGAACAGGUUUUUAAAGACCUCAGUAGGUGAGCUAGUUUUACCCUUCUUUUGCCCUUUGAAACUGCAGAUUUUUUGGAGAAUUUGUAAUCCCGUCUUGAUUAAAGAUUUGAGUGGAAUUCUAGAUGUGACGAAUUUUGUCAUAUCUUCUCUUUUUUUUUCUUUUACUUGAGUGUACACUUAGUUGUUGAGAAUUUUGGGACCAUUAAAAUGUUCUUUGCUGUAAGUUGA